AUGCCGGACGACCGUGCGGUAAAACAAGUUCUUUUCAAGGACCUCUCCAUCACCAGAAACAGUGUCGCAGCGGAAUGGUGCCCACCACUGAAAAAUGGCUAUACCAACAUCUUUUGCGAAUGCCACAAAGGUCAUCCGGCGGAGAACGGCGGAGAUUACCUGUGUCCGCAAAAAACAAAUCCCAGUGAUGACAUCGAUACAAUCAAGCCACUGAAACGACAUUCGUCGGAAUCGCCCGGAUUGAGAAACGGAACUAUUCCCCCACCGGAGGAAACCAAUUCGCGUGUCAUUUCUAUCCGUCGAUUAUUCGAAGAACAAACGAAUAGCAAAACUGGCGCCCGUGCACCGCUUACAUCUGAUUCUAGCAGUGCAACCGACGACGAGAAACCUGCUGAUCACCGGCGUAUUGUGGCAAACCGUGCCUCCCGGGACCCUAUGGGUAACGACGACACCUCAAAGUUCUAUCGGAGCCACACGCAAAUAGUCGACAUUCCGAACGGCGUAAAGAUCAUCACGACGAUCCACAUCGACGAUAACCUUGGACCGGAAGAACCUUCCGCAUUCGAAACUGUGAUCUAUCCUGAAAGCGAGAUCAUCAAGCGGUUCGAGCAAGAUUGUGGUGCGAUCGUUAAAAGAAGUUGAGGGUUGAUUAUUUUAAUCGAUAAAUAUAAUUCGUUGGGGUGCACAGAACGCGCGUACACGCAAGCCGUACGUUAGCAGUAAAUGUCAAGGUGUAAUUAAUUUACUUUGAAAGAGUGACAAUUAGA